UUCACACUCUUGUGGGGUAACACAAACUACAAACGCAUUUCAUUCCAACGAAAAUAACAUGCUCUUCUCUUCCUCCGGAAUCCAUAACCAUAGCCACCACAACCUCCGAUCUCAGUGAAUUUUAACCAUGGAGAGCACCGACUCCUCCACCGGCUCGCAGCAACAGCCGAACCUCCCUCCCGGCUUCCGGUUCCACCCCACCGAUGAAGAGCUCGUCGUUCACUACCUCAAGAAAAAAGCAGCUUCUGUUCCUCUCCCUGUCGCCAUCAUCGCCGAGGUCGAUCUCUACAAGUUCGAUCCAUGGGAGCUUCCAGCUAAGGCAACGUUUGGAGAACAGGAGUGGUACUUUUUCAGUCCCAGAGACCGGAAGUACCCGAACGGCGCGAGACCUAACCGGGCUGCGACGUCCGGGUACUGGAAGGCGACUGGGACUGAUAAGCCUGUGUUGACCUCUAACGGAACUCAGAAAGUCGGUGUGAAGAAAGCCUUGGUUUUCUACGGCGGGAAGCCGCCGAGAGGGAUCAAAACUAACUGGAUCAUGCAUGAGUACAGGCUCGCUGAUAACAAGCCGAAUAAUAGGCCUCCCGGGUGUGACUUGGGUAACAAGAAAAACUCUCUCAGGUUGGAUGAUUGGGUUCUGUGCCGGAUCUAUAAGAAGAGCAACACGCACAGAUCACCGCUGGAACAUGAGCGUGAAGAAUCCAUGGAUGACAUGAUUGGAGGGGUUCCAUCUUCCAUCAACGUGGGCCACCACAUGAAUUCAAGGCUUCAUCUUUCAAAAAUGUCAUCAAGCUACACCAACAGUGCAUUGCUGGAGAAUGAUCACCACUUGUAUGAAGGAAUGAUGCUGAGUAACGGCGCGAUCUGUAGCGCUGCGAAUGCGAGUAGCCUCUCAAACUCCAAGGCGGAGCUUUCAAACGCUUCCAAGAGGACCCUCUCGUCGCUGUACUGGAAUGAGGAUGAUGUGGCUGGGACGUCGUCGUCGAACAAGCGGUUCGAUUUGGAUGGCAGUGUUGGUGGUGGUGAUCAUCAUGGAAGUGGUAUUGUGAGGACAGAUCAAGAGAAUGGCACUGCUACUUCUAUUGCCUCUCUUCUUAAUCAGCUUCCUCAAACCCCUUCGUUGCACCAACAAACAAUGCUGGGGUCAAUACCAUAUCAAAUAACAGGAAUGAAUUGGUAUGGAUAGCUCAAUUAUUGAUAUUAUUGAUGAAGAUGGUGAUAUUAUUGAUGCACAAGGAGAUAUUAAAGUAAAGAAUCAAGAAGGGAAAUCGUCGUGGGUAACAGCGAGAUUUCUUGUAGUGUGAUAAUACCUUGGAUUAGCUCGAUCGAUCCUGAGAGCAGCUAGAUUGUGAAGAUUUUAGUGGAGUAUUGAGAUUUUGCUUGUUAGGAAUGGAGGCAAGUUAGAGUUUAAUCCAUUAGAUGGCUUCAAACUUCUUCAGCUGCAGGCAAUGACAAGGCAUAAGGUGAGGCCAUGGAUAUUUUUAGUUAAACUUUAAUAUAGCUUUAUACAUAUAUAUAGAUAUUUGCUUGUUUUAUUGGUAUAUAAAUAAUAAUGUUGGUUCUCUCUUCAUGUACAAAUAGUCAAAAAUGAAGAAAAAAUUCAAAAAAAGGAAAAAGAAGAAGAGAGGAUCAGUAGUUUAUAUAUAUACAUUAUUGCUUUAGGAUACAAGAGAGGACCUUGUAUAUAUAGAACAUAUACUGUAGAACAAGAUCUAUUGAUGCAAGAAUUGAAAAAAAAAAAUUAGGGAGUGUGGUUUGUGGAUGUAUUAUAUUAUGUGUAUUGUUCUCUCAAGAGCUUGAUAUUGAUUUUAUCAGUUAAUUGCUAUAGCUUGAAGAGUUGAAGGUUAA